GCGCGCUUCCUUGCGAGCUGCGUGGGAAGCGCGCAUUGGCGAGGCGGGAUCCUCCCUUCUCCUCUCAAUGGGGGAAUGCGGCGGCACAGGCGGGACUAAGGCGGCGGAGGGCCGCCGAGGGAGGAGGCGUGGCCCCAGCAGCCCUUCUUUUAAAAUCAGCCACAGGCAUCAGCUUGCAAGCGCCCUGGGAAACGGCAGCAGCGAGCAGUGGUUGCGGUGGGGACGCCGGCGCAGAGCUCAGCGGUGAAAUCUGCACCGACUUCGCCUCCAAGACCACCGGAGACGUUCAGUGACUUGCAUCUAAGCCGAGAAAGAGGUGAGCUUGCUGGAUCCCAACUUCUUUUGUCUGCGGGUCUUCUCUCUCUCUCUUCAUUGGCAUGCACUAUGGGGUGGGUCUUCAUUUUCUGUUGCAAACCACCCUGCAGCUAAAACCAGACAGACAGAAAUACCGCACACGCCUAUAGAUGCGUCUUCCUUUUUGUUAUGACCCCCUUCCCCGCAUCUUUAUUUUUUAUUUUUUAUCUCUUUGUCCGCGCUUCAUUGCCAAACCCAUCUCUGCAAAUUGGAGACAUCAAAAUGACAGGGAAGGCCGUUGACACCCCCUUGUUACGCGGCUAGCCAACCUGGGCUUGCAUCUGAUCGGCUGGGAAUCGUUUUAUGUAGAUCGGUUCCUUUAUAGCAUGCUGUCGUAACGUGCACAGUGUCUUGUCCGUGCAGAUGUAUGGCUAAAGGAUCGGCUCCCCCACCUCUUUUCAGUUCAGUAUAGGUUUUCUGCAUAGGGUGGUGCCCUGCAUGGUGAAAGUAUGGCAGCAGAAGAACCCCAGAUUAAUUGACCCCAAUGGCACAACCUUAGAUUGCAUGCCUGUGUUCCCAUCAAGGCAAUGAAAUCCCAGUACUAAUCUACUGGACAGCUAAAUUACACAAUCUGAACACGGAGGAUCCUAGUUCUAUGUUAGCAUUUCAGCAGCCUUCUAUCUGAACUCUGCCCUUGACAGAGUUGGUGUUCCAAACAGUCUGCUUGACUAUAAUGUGUUUAAGAUCUUGCCAAGGCACCCAGGCGCCUCUUCCAAUCGAAAAUGCCUUUUGCUUAGCAAUGCAAUGUUUGCUUCUUCUUCUUCUUUUUACAUAAUCGGUUAUAUUUAUCUGCGAUACCUUAUCUGUAUCUUAUGCCAGUUUUGCACAAUCUCCACUUUCAAAUUGCUCUUUGGCUUAAAGGAAGUGUAGCACAGAAAGUAGGGUGUGUACCAUUUUGAAAUGGGGAUUAGAUUUGCUUAUUACUUUUUUUAUAUAUGUUGGAAGCUGCCCAAGGGGGUGGGCAACCCAGUCAGAUAGGUGGGGUACAAAUAAUAAUAGCAUUUCUGCUGUAUGAUUUUUGCAGUGCUGCACAAUGCACUGCAAAUACAUUCUUUUACAGUUUAAAUGUUUCAUUCCGGUUUUUCAUAAUCGUAUGUAAUCUGUCUGUUAUAGUGAGUAAAACAAAACCAAAGAGUAAGUAGAAACUGAAAACGCCACAUGGCAUACAGUGUAAGACUGCAAGCAUUAUUUAUAUUUAUAUCCUGCCUUUCCUCCAGUUAACUCAGUGACAAUCACUCCAGUGAGCUUCAUGACAGAGCAGGGAUUUGGGGUCUCAAAUUUCAGUGGCUGCCUGUGCAAUGCCAAAAUUCAGCACCUGCCUCUUGCUUUCCAGUCUACAUCAUAGUUGCGGUACCCUCAAGACUCUGCACCCCGUGCAGCUGAGCCGGUCAUGCUCCCCUGAAUCCACCUCUGAUUUCCAGCUGGGCCUCCGAAUAUCAAUCCCAAGACAUAAACCUGUGGCCUUCCAGAUGUUGUUGGACUACAACUCCCAUCAUCCCUGGCCAUUGCUCUUCCUGACUGUGGCUGAUGGGUGUUGAGGUUCAACAAUAUCUGGAGACCCCCCAGGUUCCUUACCCCUAAUCUUUGCACUAUGCUGGAUUUUUUGUUUAGUCGUGUCCGACUCUUCGUGACCCCCUGGACCAGAGCACGCCAGGCACUCCUGUCUUCCACUGCCUCCCACAGUUUGAGCAAACUCAUGUUGGUAGCUUCGAGACCACUGUCCAACCAUCUCGUCCUCUGUCUUCCCCUUCUUGUUGUGCUGGAUAGAGUAUGUUUAUUUCUGAAUUUGAGACUGCUUUCCAAAUGUGUUCCUUGUACUCGGGUAUUAGUUGUGCCCAGUAUUAUUUUAUAGUAAAACUCACCUACUCAGGUCAUGUUCAUACAGAUGUUUAAUUUGCACUCAGAAAGACCUCCUUUAAAUUAUGAGUACUGAUGUCAAUACUUCCCUUAAAGCCCUCCUUUUUCCAUUGCGGCACGCACACACAUUCCAGGGUGUGUGAACAAUCUGGGAGAAAGGUAUGCCAUUCCUAAACUAGCAAAAUGCUUGGACUUAUGGUGCCUGAGGAGGUAUGUUGCUGGGAUUCCUGGCAAGGCAGAGUUGUAGUAUUAUUGGCUUUCUUGUCAGUAUGUUUUUAAAAUUGUUUUUAUCACUGAUGUUCCGUAAUGUGUUGUUAAUAUUGUAUACCGCCCUGGGUCCUGCCAACCUAGCAGUUCAAAAGCACAUCAAGUGCAAGUAGAUAAAUAGGUACCACUCUGGCAGGAAGGUAAACGGCGUUUCCGUGCGCUGCUCUGGUUCGCCAGAAGCGGCUUAGUCAUGCUGGCCACAUGACCCGGAAGCUGUACGCUGGCUCCCUUGGCCAAUAAAGCGAGAUGAGCGCCACAACCCAGAGUCAGCCACGACUAGACCUAACGGUCAGGGGUCCCUUUACCUUUACCUUACCGCCCUGGGAUCUUCUGAAAAAGGGCAAUCAAUCAAUCAAUCAAUCGAUGAUGAUGGACAGUAUAUAAAUGAUGAUGAUGGUAAUAAUAGUACACUUUUUGUACAGAGGUCACAUCCUUGCAGGAGUCUCCACCUGUAUCAGCCUGCCCCAAACAUUAAGAUCUUUUCCCAAUGCCCCACACUAUCGCUUCUAUCAGAGGUGAAGUUUGUCAUAAGGGUCUGGCUCACACAUAAUGCUAAACCAGGGUGGGGGAACUCUGGUCCUGGGGGCAAAGGUGGCCCUCUAAGCCUAUGUAUCUGGCCCUUGGACUCUUCCCAGGCCACACCUGCUUUGCACCCUCCUUGGGGGUGCUUUUGCCUGGCUAGAAUAUAUCCUCGAAUUCUGUUAAUGCUUCUUGCUUACUCGCAUGGAGUGUAGAGAGGGACAUGCGAUUGUGAAGGAUUUAGCCUACCUUACAAAGGUAAGAGUCGAAUUUGUUGCCCUCCCAGCCCCAUUGGGUUUCCUACCAUAAUGGCAGCGGUUUACUCGGCAGUAAUCGGUCGCUGUGAUCAGUGGUUUAGCUGUGCUGUAUAAUGAAUUGUUGCGUAACUCUGUGUGUGCACACACCCAGUCACCUGUGAUGAUGAAAGUAAUUCCAUGAAACAUUGUGAAAUGUAAUUGUGAAUGAAUAAUCCUGGUCGUACAAGCAGGAAACUUCUCCAGGGAAGUUUUCCUGGCACCUUCAUUAUACACCGUUAGGCACCAGAAAAAAACGUUCCUUUUUAACCAGGCCUUUGGUUAAUUUGAUUGACAUUCUACACCCUUUUAAAAUGUGGUUGUUGUGGGGGGGGGUGUUAUUGGGUUGUGGUUUUUAUUUUUAUUUUGUAGUUUUAUAUUUUGAUUUUAUUCUGUGAACCGCCCUGAGACCUCCGGUUAUAGGGUGGUAUAUAAAUUCAAUUAAUAAUAAUAACAAUAAAGAACACUUGCAUGCACAUUGAGUGAAUGGUAACUUAUAAAAAUGUGCGGAGUACAGCCUAAAGCUCUGUUUUUAUAUUAUUUAUAUUUCAUUUCAUAAAAUUGGUACACUGCUUGAUUGUAAAACAAAAUCCUCAAGGGGUUUACAAAACAUAAAACAGUAAAAUCACCAAAAAAAUUACAAACCUACUAUAAAACAUACUAAAGUUAAAAUGCUAAACAGAUUAAAAUUACCAGCUUUCUAAGCAUCUGGGUAAAGGUAAAGGGACCCCUGACCAUUAGGUCCAGUCGUGGCCGACUCUGGGGUUGCAGCGCUCAUCUCGCUUUACUGGCCGAGGGAGCUGGCGUUUGUCCGCAGACAGCUUCCGGGUCAUGUGGCCAGCAUGACUAAGCCGCUUCUGGUGAACCAGAGCAGCGCACGGAAACGCCGUUUACCUUCCCGCCAGAGCGGUACCUAUUUAUCUACUUGCACUUGGACGUGCUUUCGAACUGCUAGGUUGGCAGGAGCAGGGACUGAGCAAAGGGAGCUCACCCCGUCAUGGGGAUUCAAACCGCCGACCUUCUGAUCGGCAAGUCCUAGGCUCUGUGGUUUAACCCACAGCGCCACCCGCGUCCCAAGCAUCUGGGUAGGCUUGCCUAAACAGGAAUAUUUUUAGCAGGCUCCAGAAAGGGUACAGUGAAGGCGCCUGCUUGAUCUGAAGCAGGGAGUUCCAAAGUUCAGGCGCUGCCACACUAAACAACUGAGGUCUUACAAAUCCGGAAUGGGUAUCAUGUGACACCUGUAAUGGCGCCAAUUCUGCCGAUCGAAGCGUUUGAGUGGGCACAUGUAGAGCAAGGCAGUUUUGUAGGUAAAGGUAAUUUUUUGCAUUAAACAAAAGCAUAGGAUAAAUGGAAAAUAUUUUAAAGCAAAAAUGGCCAAGUCAUUGCUCUUUCAUAACCGGCAAAUACCCGUGGGGAUUAUAAGUAAGCCAUGGAUUGUUUUAGAACAGUGCUUUUGUUGACAGGGAUCAAGGGCCAAGUAAGAGCUGCAAUUUUUCCUCCUAUUUACUUGAAUGCCUGGCUCUCUCACUUUCAGAAAAGUAAUAUACAGCGGAACUUCCUGCAGGCCUCUUAACUCGCGGGGGUCAUUCGCUUGCAUGAAGAGAUCCUGUUUGUGCUCCCGUGUCACACAUGGCAACUUCUGCGAUCUAAAAGGCAUAUCUUGGAGUUUUAGGCUGCGUGCACAAGCAUCAAAGCGGUCAAGAUCUGUGAGCGCUCAUAUAAGGCACCUUGCAAAUCUUAGGCACUGUAUGAUUAUUUAAACCGAAACGUUUCAAGCCACUGUGACUUAGAUGGCAUGGCUUUGAAGGAAGCUUGCCAAAACCUGCCGUGGCCCAUCCUCAAUGCCAGGAGACACGUGGCUGGAAACCCCAUAGAAUAUGCAGACUUUGUGCUCUAGUCUAGUGUGUACCUUUACCAGAGAGGGAAUUUCCUGUGCCUUCAUCCCAUGCAAUUCUAGGAAUGUGUGAAGGACAGGAGCCAUGUAACCUUGGCAUUCCAAAGCAACGCAGCCAAUGUGAAACAACUAUACUGGUCUAGAAACAUCUAGAUUUCCCUCUGCCUGUUGUGGCUGAACUGGUCUGGCCUUGAAUACUCCUCUCUGCUUUCUCCUGGCUUGCUACUGUCCAUUCCCCCUUGGUGCAAGGGGCGGGGGGAGAUGGGUGCUAUUUUGGUUGCAGACAGCGGAAAUGUCCAAUUUUAUAUUCUACGGAGUGGUUUAUGCACACAGGAGGAUCUGGGCUUGUGGCAGAUACGUGGUCCUUCCACUUAGCAAUGCUCAGAGUUAGUCCAGCUAUUGCAGCUUAUGUAGAGCCAAUGGAAAAAUAAACUCCAUUCUAUGCUCCAAGAAACUACAAUUUUAUUUUAUUUUUAAAUCAGAAUGGAGCAUGAAUGUCAUGGGUGUGCAUAACUUACCUUUCUUGCCCCCAAAAUCUGAAUUGCACUGGGAUCAUUUCAGACAUGAACAUCCCCUUCGUAAUGUCUCUGUUGCCAACUAGCAGCCCAAUUUGAUCAACGGAUGUCACCAUAAUCUGUAUUUAGUGUUUGUGUUUUUCCCCUCCCCAUUAGAUCACAAUGUCUAAAAAAAUCCAUGGCGGAUCUGUGGUGGAGAUGCAAGGAGACGAAAUGACCCGUGUGAUCUGGGAUCUGAUUAAGGAAAAGCUGAUCUUUCCCUACAUGGAUCUAGAUCUUCACAGGUAACUGGAUUUCCACAGGUCCUCUGUAUUGUGAGGAAAUUUCCAGUUUAUACGUGGGUGUUUGUCGACUGCUUAGCUCUUGUAUUUGGGAGAGUCUUGCUUGAUAUUUUCUUUCUCUCUUAGGGACUAUCCACAUGUUACUUUUGCUGACCCCAAGAUUAAUAUCCACUUUGAAAUGGUGUGCCUUGAUUAUAAAUAAUUGUCAAAUAGAGGCAAAUUCUGUUAAGUACUUCGUGACUGUGUGUUCACACUUAAUGCUGAUUCUCAAAUGGGUACCCUUUGCCAGAUGGGCGGGAUAUAAAUAAUAAAAUUAUUAUUACAGUGGUACCUCGGUUUACGAACUUAAUCCGUUCCGGAAGUCCGUUCUUAAACCGAAACCAUUCUUAAACCGAGGCGCGCUUUCCCUAAUGAGGCCUCCUGCCACCGGUGCCCUUCCACCGUUCAGAUUCCGUUCUUAGACUGAGGUAAAGUUUGCAAACUGGGACACUACUUCCAGUUUUGUGAAGUUCAUAAACAGGGCUGUUCUUAAACCGAGGUGCCACUGUAUUAAAAGAGUGAGGUAUUUUGGCUUGUAAAUUCUUGUAAGUGGCCAGUGCAAACUUGCUUAGAACAGAAGAUGCUUCUAUUGGCCAAACUUCUCUUUUAAAACAAAAACCUUCGGGUCCAGGGAAGCUUGAACUGCUCAGAAAAUAGGAACCUGACAAGUGUUCCUUGCUCUGUCCUCCGGCCACACAGCCCAGGAUUUUUUCAUGCAUCUACCAGUUUAAUAGUUUUCAUGCUGGGCCGUGGCUCUGUGAAUUAACUAGGCAAACUAAGUUGCCACUUACCGUAUUUUCCCCUCUAUAAAAUGCACUUUUUCCCUCCUAAAAAGUAAGGGGAAAUGUGUGUGCGUCUUAUGGAGCGAAUGCAGGCUGCGCAGCUAUCGCUGAAGCCAGCAAAUCCCUCUUGCUGUUCUGGCUUCUGGGAUAGCCACGCGAAGCCUCUUCAUGGCAGCGGGAACGUUCCUACCGCUGUGCUGAAGAGGCUUUGUCUUGCAUUCUUCAACAACAUUUGAUUCAGAAUAUUUUUUUUUUCUUGUUUUCCUCUUAAAAACUAGGUGCGUCUUAUGGUCGGGUGUGUCUUAUAGAGAGAGAAAUACGGUACUUUUCUUUUCUUGCAUUGCUCCUGUGCCAGUUGGCAGCCUGCCACAAGUGGCAGCAGUAUAAGAGGUUUGCAGUUCUUUUUCCAUGGACGUCUCUGUGCUAAGGAAAGACCCAUGUUUUGGUGUUCUGUCUCUCUCCUGCAGCUUAUUAAGGGCAUAGGGAUUCUGCAGUGGAGUCUGGGGAGAGGAGCAACAUAAUAGGCAGCUUCAGGUUUCUGUUAGAUCUGCUCAGUGAACUAAUCCACCCCAACCCCACAGCAGCACUUUCACCCAUUUUUCUGCUUCUGAAGGGCUCUGCUGGCUACCAAUGUUAUGGCUAUUCAGAAGAACCCCACCCCCGCUGUCACCACCUGGGCAUCACCUGCCAGCAAUAAAACUGUAGCCACAAUGACUCAUCCCCACUUUCUUCAGCCUUCAAACCACGUGAGCCUGCGGUGGGCAUUUACAGUGUUGAGAAAAUAAGUCAACCUGCUAUUCCACACAUUGUUGUUGGAAUCAAACCGCUGCCUUACCAGCACCAAGUGACCUCCCUUUGGCACAGUCUUGGGCCGUGUGCGUGGAGGUCCUGGGCUUCCCAGAUGACAAGACUCUCAGCCUCUCCGAUGUGGUCCAAAGGAAAGCAGAGCAAAACGUUUAGCACCAGCUUGGCUGCAGGAGUUGCCAGAAGAAGGCACACAAAGUCUUAGGGACUCCGUUCCUGUUUUGUGUAGGGUUUACCUUUUCUUCUCCCAAAGAUCUCCUAAGGCAGCAGAGGUUAAGGAUCAGAGUUUUCCUUCUCCUCGAUGGGCUACAUUCCCAGGCUGAUGAGCCCCAUCUGCCCCUCACUUCCCUCUGCAGCAGGCAUCCCCAGCCUUCGGCCCUCCAGAUGUUUUGUAUUACAAUCCCCAUCAUCCCUGACCACUGGUCCUGUUAGCUAGGGAUCAUGGGAGUUGUAGGCCAAAACAUCUGGAGGUCCGCAGGUUGGGGAUGCCUGCUCUACAGCAUGUUCAGAAACUGCCUUCCUGACCAUUGGACCCACUCUUGCUCUCGUCUGCGCAAUCCUCUGGAGCCAGUCUUUGCAUGCAGGGCAAGUCCCUAACUCACUAAGGGCUUGAGACCCAUCAGCUCCCCUCAGUCAAAGCCGUUCCCGGGGUGUGGCUGCUGUCACAUGGUGACAGCUUCUAGGAGCCACAGUACAGAACUGAGUGCAGGUUGGGCGCCAAAGGUGGACAAACUACCCCAGAAGGAGCACAAUGCGUCCCCCACCAGAGGUACUACCCCUCCCCUAACACCACACACUGUCAGAGUACCAUUGGCAAGAGUACCAUGGAGAAAAGUACAGCAAAAUCUUUUCAGUGCAUCCACCGGUUGUAGAUUAAACCGUUGAGUCGUUAACCUUUCCCCUACUUCUCUUGCACUUUGCUUUUUGUUCCGGAUACCUGCCUAACCAGAUGUACUGCUUUGCUCGUGCUGACACUGCCAAAGCAGAAUAGGUAUCUGAUAGCAUAGCUGUACAAUCCCACACAUCUGAGUCCAGACACAUUUUCAUUCAUUUGUUUUUAUUGGAAGGAGAGCAUCAACAUUGCUGUCCAAGCGGCUUUUGCUCACUCCUCCAAGUGUUAACUUCAUGAAAUUAUCCACUUGUAUAUGAAGUAGCUCCUUCUUUCAUGGGGACUCCAACUCCCAUCAGCCUCAGCAAGCAAUUGCAGGGACGAUAGGAGUUGUGGUUCAGCAACAUCUGGAGGGCCAACGGUUCCUCACACCUGCAGAAGAUGGUCAUUUUACUCUGUUUGUGCCAUUUCCUAUCUCUUCUCUUCUUUUUGAGCAUGUUUUCCACCCUGAACUAUGAUGCACAUGUUUAGUAAGGCCUUGGAUGGGUCUGUAAGGCACUUAACAAAUGACUGUGUUUUGGGGACUUGCUUGCAGCUAUGAUCUGGGAAUAGAGAACCGCGAUGCAACCGAUGACAAGGUCACCGUGGAAGCUGCAGAAGCUAUCAAGAAAUACAAUGUCGGAAUCAAGUGCGCUACUAUCACUCCGGAUGAGAAAAGGGUAGAGGAAUUCAAGCUGAAGCAGAUGUGGAAAUCUCCAAAUGGAACGAUCCGAAACAUUCUUGGGGGCACAGUCUUCAGGGAAGCCAUUAUCUGCAAAAACAUCCCCCGACUAGUAUCUAGCUGGGUAAAGCCCAUCAUCAUUGGCCGUCAUGCUUUUGGAGACCAAGUGAGUCCUUCACGCAGCGUUUGGCAUUUAUGGCUUUUACUGUUGAGCGCACCCUCUCAAACAUCAGAGAUUUUGUAUGGUUGGGGAAUGCAUGCAAGAGAGCAAAAUGCAGCUGCAGGGCCAUCGAUGAAUCGUCACAAAGCAUAUCUCUUACAGAUUUUUCAACUGAACUGCAAUUCUUGUUAAUGAUUAAAAUAGAUUGAGCUGUGUUGAAAUCUCUGCAAGCUACAGCUGUGGCUGUUUGCCUUGGUCUGGAAAUCAUUUAAAGGAAGUACUAUUUCCCCCGCCUUUCUUCCCUGGAAAAGGGGAAUAAUGGAAAUCUGACCUGACAUAUACAUGGUAUAUAAUUCUGCUAGGGAGGGGGUACUGGCAAGCUGCAUGUUGAUCAUCCCUGACCUAAGCAGCCAUUUUGUUUGUUCUUCUGCAGUACAGAGCCACAGACUUUGUCGUUUCUGGCCCUGGAAAGGUAGAGAUGACCUACACACCGAAGAAUGGAGGCAAACCCAUAACUUAUUUGGUCCAUAACUUUGAAAGUAAGCGUUGGAUUAUAUAAAGGAUAUUUGAAUGUGGAGAAUUGGGGAGGCAUGUUAAGUAGAGUUAGGCUUGUAGCCUGAAUAAUGGAUUGAGCCAGACCUUCAACCAGGGAUCCACAACUGGGGAACCAUGGACCAAACCUAGCCCCAGUUGCCCUCCAUCCCAAGUUGCCAAUGUGGGAACAGAAUGCAGAGGAACUAGUAACUAUGGUGAUAUUCAACUAAGUCUUCCUCGCUAGACCCACAUAACUUAGUCAUGUUCAUUAACUACAGUGGGUCCACUCUGAGUAACAUUUAGUUGAAUCAUACCCUAUACAGUGGUGCCUCGCAAGACGAAAUUAAUCCGUUCCGCGAGUCUCUUCGUCUUGUGGUUUUUUCGUCUUGCGAAGCACGGCUAUUAGCGGCUUAGCGGCGCUUAGCGGCUUUAAGAAAAAGGAAACAAACUCGCAAGAACUCGCAAGACGUUUCGUCUUGCGGAACGACUCAAAAAACGGAAAACUCUUUUGUCUUGCGCGUUUUUCGUCUUGCGAGGCAUUCGUCUUGCGAGGUACCACUGUAUAGCUAUAGGCUGGCGAUCUUAGUAGUGAGCCAGGGUCUCCCUUCCAACAAUUCCUUGUGGUCUUUCCAUAAUAUUAGAUCAAGGAGCACAUGAAGUAUGAAAAACAACAACAGCAUUUCUGUUCUGUACAUGCUGUUCUGUCACCUGUCACCAUUGUUCCUGUUACAUACAGGCCUGUUCUUUUCUGCCAGAGGCAAGGGCACAGCCCAGGAACCCAAAGUUGCUUUGGUGUUGCUCAAACAAUUGUGAAACUGGCGUCGGUGGUUGCAAAACCAACUUGUGAUUUACGUGUGUUUCAAUGUCUUGCUUCAUUCUGCGCAAGGCAAUAAUGUAAUUUGGGGUAAUUCUAGCUUUGAUGUGUAUAGAUAGGAUGAAAGGACUACAAGGGGAAGGCUUGAUUCUAGCAAUCGCAGAUGCAGAGUUCUUGAAAUGUAUGUUUGCUGAAGGAUGGGAAUUGCUGCACUGUGUUUCCCUGCCUGGAUUGCCCAGGAGUCUUGAGAGAUUGAAUUGGAAGAAUGUUGCAGAAGGGAUGCAACACACCCACUUCCAUCUUGGUUCCAUGCACAUGUUGGAACCAAGAAACUCCUAAGAGUCUAAGAAGGAAGACGCUGAAAGGAAGGGAAUCUGCACAGGAAAGGAGAGAGCCUGCAGAAUGUAGACUUGGCCCAAGUCACUUACCGCCCUCUCAUGAUGGUUCCAUAAAUCACUUGGACAAUAUCUACAGAGCACUCUGAAUACUCAAAGUGCUUUGCAAAUGCAUACUAUCCAUAAGCAUUAAAUGGGCGUUUGGUAUUCCUGUCUGAAGGCACUGGAGAGGUUUGUGCUCGUGUGUCCCACAAAGUUCCGAUCAGGUUCUUUACUACUCUUAAAGGGGGGAAGGAAUUCUGCUUCUGCCUUCUUAACUCCUUUAGUGGAACUUGGGAAAGUUGCUAGGCGGCUGUGUUUGCAUGGAGAAGCAAGUGAUUUCCCAGCCUUCUGUAUAAAUGAGAGGCUCCAUUCAUUUAAGCUGUGGACUAGAUCUGUAUGUUUAGUAUAUGUUUGUGUUCAUUGAUGUAGAGAUGUAACGAUGUAAUGAAUGUUGCAUUAAACUGGACAUAUGUGCCACGCAUCAGGCCGUACAAAAAUAAUUGGUGGCUGCAGUACAGUCCUUAAACGUUCCGGGAAUGUUCCCUGUACGCUUUCUCUCCAUUGAGCCAUGGCCAUGAAUGAACAGUUGUAGGCCGUGUGCCAGCUCGCAGACUGUGACAAGCGGAGACUGGGUGGAAUCCGUUCAGACACACUGAGGUUUUUGUCCUUUGUCCCCGCCCAGUGUAAAUUCAUACUUUGCAACUCCUCAGUGGUACUCCAGGCAUUAAAAAAGAGAGAGGGAGAGAAAGCCUGGGAAAUUGCAAAACAAUCCUUACAAUAACCCUGUAAGGUAUGGUAGUAUUAUUUCUGUAUGUCAGACUGGGGUGUAAUAGAAUAGCGACUUGCCUAAGACCAUCCAGAGCUGAGAUUUGAACUAAGGCAGCCUUGCUCAAAACCCUCCUUAACCAUUAAUUACUGUUGCGUUACACUGCACGCAUCGAUGCGUCUUCUAAGCCCCAUAGAAUCUUUCCAAGGAGGUCAAUUGUCGUGUCACAGAGUAAUGUUCAAUUAUCAGUCAUUACUUUAGUCGUCUUGCGUUAAAAUGUUCAAGUAUGGAAUUAUCACCAGAAGGCAUCCCAGUUUCUGAAAAGACUGAUUUAGAGUCCUGUUUUAUUUUUUUUAAUUUUAAUGAGAAAAAGGAGUAAAGAUUUAAAAAAACCACUUAAGCGAGUUGAAAAUUCAUAAUAUUUAUAAAAAAUAUUUUUAUACUCUCCAUUUUAAAAGAUGUCAGAGUGGUUUGCUGUUUUCUUAAAAUGAAAGUAUAUAAAAAUAUUGGGGGAUGGGGUGUCAGAGAGAGGAGUGGUACACACUAUAAAAAUACCGUGCUGCUCAAAAGCAGAUGUUUCUGUUCUACCUGACUCCUUUUUUUUACUUUCCUCUUUCUCUCUCCUGUGGUAUAGACUGUGGAGGUGUGGCUCUGGGAAUGUUCAACCUUGACCAGUCCAUUGCGGACUUUGCCCACAGUUCUUUCCAAAUGGCGCUGUCUAAAGCAUGGCCUCUGUACUUGAGCACCAAAAACACCAUUUUGAAGCGAUAUGAUGGGCGUUUUAAGGACAUCUUUCAGGAGAUCUAUGAGAAGUAAUCAAUAUUUUGUUAUAUAUUCAUCUUGCAGGUGUAUCUUUGUUUAAAGAACUGUCUUAUUAGUCACAGCAGCUGAUCUUUGAGUCUUUGGUCAAAAAGGUCUUCCUCAAAAUCUCACAUUUUUUAUCUUAUUUCUUAAUGCCACUAGAAGCUGAACCAGUUAGUCAUUCGUUUUGCAAAACCUCUUUCUGUUAACUCCUACAGAAACGUGAGGUGGAGGAAAGCUAUGAACCUGAGUGAAUGAAGAACUGAUUUUCAUAUUUCAUAUGAAAAUAAAAAUCUGACAAGAGAGACGCUGGAGGCCCAGACAUAAAAUCCAGUCCCCUAAGGUUCAUUGGCUGCCUUCCAUCCUAGCCCAAGAUCCCAAGGACAACCUCAUUCUUCCAGGCUGAAACACAGGCAGAGGACCUGCCACUUCUGGACAGGAUCUGCCUGGGCAGAGCUCUCUCUGUACUGUGGACCUUGGCUCUUUGCCACUGCACUGACCACACUGGAAGGAAAUGGUAGUCCGCAACUUUGCUGCUGAUUACUCUGUAGAAGAGGAUGAGGGAUUGAGGAGCUACAGAAUCCUAGUUGCAGGGGUCCUUGCUGACCAUUUAGUUCAGUCCCCUGCAGGAAGUUCAGGUGGCAUCCCCAGCUGUUCAGCCUCUGCUUAAAGACCACCAGCAAAGGAGAGGCCACCAACUCCCACCAGCCCCAGAAAGCACAGCCAGUAGCCAAGGAUCAUGGAAGCUUGUAGUUCAUCUGGAGGAGCAAAGGUUCCCCACACCAUCUUUUAAGUACUUGGAUCCAUUAUUGGACUGCCCUUACCUUCAUGCAGCUUCUCAUAUUCUGACUAAAAUCUGCCCUCAUGAAACGCAAGCCGGAAAUAUCGUAAGGUACAUUAGCAUGGAAACUGAGGCAGGUUUCCUCCCCUUCUCCACCACAUUCCCACAUCCUUUAUGCAAGGUGUAAGCUGCUUUCCCUUCUUCUCAUGGGUUGUAUAUACCGGACCUGCAAUUUUCACCUGUGAUUCUACUUUCCUUUUCCUUCCAGGGAGUACAAGUCACAGUUUGAGGCCAAGAAGAUAUGGUAUGAGCAUCGGCUGAUUGAUGACAUGGUGGCCCAAGCACUAAAAUCUGAGGGAGGAUUUAUCUGGGCCUGCAAGAACUAUGAUGGGGAUGUGCAGUCUGACUCGGUUGCCCAAGGUAUGAUCCACCCCUCUCUUGUAGCACUUCCACAGGACGCCAUUUUGAUAGCUUGAGAUUACGGUAAAUUCUUUAUCUUUGGCAAAACGUGGGUUGGCUGUGUGAGGAGUGACUUAAUGAUUGUUGGGACAUAAGAAUAGCCCUGUUACAGCAGGCCAAGGGGCGUCCUGGCUCAGCAUUUUGUCUCCAACAGUGGACAGUUAGAUGCUUCUGAAAAACCUACAAAGACUGCAGCCAGUGUGGUGUAGUGGUUAAGAGUGGUAGUCUCGUAAUCUGGGGAACCGGGUUCGCGUCUCCGCUCCUCCACAUGCAGCUGCUGGGUGACCUUGGGCCAAUCACACUUCUCUGAAGUCUCUCAGCCCCACUCACCUCACAGAGUGUUUGUUGUGGGGGAGGAAGGGAAAGGAGAAUGUGAGCCGCUUUGAGACUCCUGAAGGGGAGUGAAAGGCGGGCUAUCAAAUCCAAACUCUUCUUCUUCUUCUUCUUCCUGGUGGCAAAAUGUGCAAGCUUUCACAUGGUGCAGGAUUUGUCACAGAAGGGGAAAGCAACUAAAUUCCCUGCCGUAUACAAAACAAGGUUGUUGCCUUGUACAGAUGAUGGUACCCACUCAGCUAUGUAACAAUUCCAACAAACCUUUCUACAUCAAACAUGAAUGUGUACAAUGGAUCGGCCAGCAGGGAGUUACAAAUUAUUGUACAUCAUGUUGAUAUAAGGAACACCUAUUUCCGAUAAAAAUUCCUGUAUCAGCAAUACAUGGCUUCCAAGAAUGGCAAGGGGCCACCAGAAAGGAGACAUGUUCUCUGCCUUUCAUCAGUGGCUCAAAGGAAGUUUUGUGGUUUCUUUGCACUGGUAGCAGCCAUAACGUUUUAUAGCUAUGUUGCUCUUACCCAGGUAUUGUAUGUGGCUUGUAACAGCAAGGAAAACGUAUGCUGCUUUCUUGAGUAUUGGAAGCAAAACUGGUCUUGCCACACUUACGUGCUUGGGAGGCAGGAAACUUUCUGAAGGAAUGGAGAUGAUAGGGCUGAGAGGAAGAGUUAGCAGCAAAUUCUAAUUGUCAAGGAGCUAGCCGUGCUUGAAAGACAAGCGGUGGGUGUUUGCAAUUAGCCUUAAGGUGAAUUGUCAUAAAAUUACUAUGUAGCCUAAUGGCAGACGCGAUGCUGUUGGCCCUGACAAUUGUCCCACAUGGCUCAGCAAUUUACAGAACUCCUAAGGGCAGUGGCUUUUGCAUAGCAUUUGAUCACAUGCCUUUAGGCCACCACGAUCCUGUAAUCAGAAUUUUAUUGCCUUCUUCAAUUUCACCAGUGGAAAACACUUUGUGAAUUCCAGGCAAAUUCAAGUCAAGUCCAGCUAAGCGUAUACUUAACUCACUUUCCUUAAUUGUUGUCUUGUUAUUUCCUCACAUUUCUCCUUCAUUUCUGACAGAAUUGGAAACCACUUGCAUAUUUUGUUCCAAAUUACUAGAUUGAAAAUUAUCUUCUGUAUGUAUGAAGGCUGUUGAGACAUACCAGGUUGAUUUAUUUGCCCCGCCUGGUACGCCAUGGAGGAAUAUGCAAAAAAUUGAAGUUCUCAGUUUAUUCUCGUGCCCAGGUUAUGGCUCCUUGGGGUUGAUGACUAGUGUCCUGAUAUGCCCAGAUGGCAAAACUGUUGAAGCUGAAGCUGCUCACGGCACAGUCACCCGUCAUUAUCGCUUGUACCAGAAAGGUCAAGAAACCUCUACAAACCCGAUCGGUAAGUUUGCUACCAGCUGUCUCAGCCAUACCUAGAAAAUGUGCGUGAAGCAUGUUUUGCCACGGCUUAUUCCCAAGAAUAAAAGUCUCGUUUAGUUCUUGUGCUUAUUUUGGUAAGCUGUAUCUAUUGGUAUGGAAUAUUAUGGCUGUAGGAACAGCAGGUUCUGUCUCCAGCACCAUUUCAGGGUCCCUUCACUGCAAGGAUUACUGCUAGUGCAAAGGAAGUCCCCCCUCCCUCUCCUCCCACCUGUGCCCACCCCAAUCUGUUUUGAAUCAAUUUCUCCAAGCCUCCAGAGCAGAUUUCAGAGAGGGCGUGGAGGCAGGAUCCUGUUGUGGUAGCAGUUAUCCUUGCGCGGGUAGGACAAGUUAGUAAAAUGCUACCCCGUGUACAACGUGCUGCUGUUUCACUUGCAGAAUGGCUUUUGAUCCAGUGGAGGCAUCUUCCUGUGCUGACGUGGAAAACCCCCAACAGUCUGGGACAAAUUUUGGGGGCGAGAUUCAAAAAAGGGACUGGCAAGAAUCACCUCCCCUUGUUUCACCCUAGCGGACACCUCUAUUAAGAGUCAUUCUGCAGGUGGAACAGCAGCAGAUAGGAGGGAAUGGAUUCUGCAGACAUAUCAGAUAGCAAAAUAAUCGUGUGGGGUGCGUGCUGUGUAGUUUGCACAGCACAGAUGAAAAUAUUGCUGUGUAGUCUGUGGAAUUCAAAAUGAAUAAAGGCAGAAACCCAAACUGUUUCCAGGAUUCACGUAGUCUGUCAUUCCGUAUUUAUGGAUCCAUAGUGUCUCAGGAAACGUGUGUGCCAGGUGAGAGGUGCAAGAAGAAAUGUGUGGCAGGAAAGCAUUUAAAUUCUAUUACUUGGAUGUCUUUGUCGUCAUUCUCUUAAUGGGAAAACACUGUGAAGCAGAAAUUGGAAACCUUGACACCAUUUGAGGAACGAGAUUCCCAUAUGGGGAGAUGCAGAUGGGUCGCGGGGCCAUUACAGUGGUACCUCGGGUUAAGUACUUAAUUCAUUCCGGAGGUCCGUUCUUAACCUGAAACUGUUCUUAACCUGAAGCACCACUUUAGCUAAUGGGGCCUCUUGCUGCCGUCGCGCCCCCAGAGCACGAUUUCUGUUCUCAUCCUGAAGCAAAGUUCUUAACCUGAAGCACUAUUUCUGGGUUAGCGGAGUCUGUAACCUGAAGCAGAUGUAACCUGAAGCGUAUGUAACCUGAGGUAUCACUGUGUAGCUGUGUGUCAGGAGGCUACUUGCUAAAAGACUCUAGAGGAAAACACUUCACAGGGGAAGUUUUGAUAAUUCAGUUCAAGGAGUGCAUUUGCCAGUUGAAAUCAAAAUUAGAUUGUUAGGGGCUCAUGGUGCAGGAGGGAGUAAUGUGGUAAUAGAGAAGGUCAUAAUUUCAGAAGUGGAACCAUUGGCUCAAUUCAUCUUUUUUUCUCUCUCUCUCUUUCUCUCCUUUUGACCUUUCUCAGCAUCCAUCUUUGCCUGGACUAGAGGUCUUGCUCACAGAGCAAAGUUGGAUAACAACACAGACCUUAAGAACUUUGCUUCUGCCUUGGAAGAGGUUUGCAUAGAGACCAUUGAAGCUGGCUUUAUGACAAAAGAUCUGGCUGCUUGUAUCAAAGGGUUACCCAAGUGAGUAAACUCAGCCCAUUAGGAAAAGGAAUUUUGUUACUACAUAAUGGUAGAAUUUGUACAAUUAAAAAACACUAAACUGCUUGUUUGGUGUUCAUUGCAGCAUAGACCUGAAUUGCAUCCCAAAGACGGGCAAUUACAAGAACUGAAAGCAGAACUACUCGGGUCUCCAGUAAAAUAUGACUGCAGUGUUUUAAGUCAUUCUUUGCCAGGGUCGUAGCAGCUAAUCCUUAUUCUGCCAAAUUGUGAAAGCUCUUAUUCUGUAUUUCAUGCCAAAGUCGCCACACAGGCCCAAGGUUAGGGAACAUGCAUCUAAAAUACGUUCUCAUGCCUAUAAAUGUAGGUUUUUGAGAAAGGAAUGACCCCCCCCACACACACACAUUUUUUCUUCUUAACCAAAGGAAAGGAAGCCUUGAGAUACUAGAUUGAGGGGUGGAAAGGAGUGGAUCGAGAUUCACCCCACCCAAGAAUGAGAAAAAUUCAGAUGGCAUAAAACAUUGUCAGAACAUUUCUUGCGUGUGUAUAGAACAGCCAAAGUUUGUGCCAUGCUGCUCCUGACUGGCACAAACCUGCAAAACUAGCUAAUGUUUAAGAUCAAUUUUAAAUCUCAUACUACCAUAACAUUUACGGUUUUCUUUCUUCAUCUCAGUGUGACGCGCUCUGACUACUUGAACACAUUUGACUUCAUGGAUAAACUUGCUGAAAACCUAAAGGCAAAGCUCUCUUCCCAGCCAAGACUUUAAGGAGCAGGCCUCAAGAAUUGCUCCGGAAAGAAGGUCGCCUGCCACAUGAAUGAAUCGCACUGUUGUGUAGUAUAGCACUUGGGGGGGAAAAUAUGUCUACAUUGUCAGAUUUUGUUUUUUGUAAAAAGGCACACGGGGCAGGCUAGAUGGCUGCCUCUGUGAAUUAAGCUGUUAGCCUUCUUGCCAACCAAAACCCACAGUGACAGACACUUACUGGGGGUGGAGAUGAGCUCUACAGUGAAUGAUUUAAAUAGGUUUUGUUUUCUAGCUAGCUGUUGGGCCCUUACUGGAGUACGUAAAGCACUGCAAGAUUUAAAAACCUAGUGAAAUUGGACAAAGGCUGCAAUCCUAACCUCAGCUGCCUGAGAGUAAGCCCCAAUGAGUUCAGUAGGAUUUGCUUCUUAACAGACAUGGUAAGAAGUGCACUGUAAAGCCUCACAUUGGCAGGAUUGUAGGAUUCUACUAAUGUUAAAGUUGUGAGCAUUUGCCACAGUUCAAUAGGGCAAAAACUUAGACAAAUGCAGUCCUUUUCUUAUGUAUAGUACCCAAGUUGAAGUGCAGGAAUGAUUUACUACUGUGUUUAGGCCAGGUAUAUUUUAUUUCCUUUCAGAUAGGUUAAUGGUGCAGUUUCUCAGACUAUUUUCAACCAUUUGAACAUUCUCUUUUAUUCUCAUUAAACAUUGUCCCAUCCAUGGCUCCUAUUCUUUUUAUGGGGGAUAUUUGGCAUAAAUAAACUACUAAUAUCCAUCCCUAUGUGUCAUCUUGUUUAUGAAUUGUAAGGAGACAACUGGUAAACUGUAGUUCAAUUUACAAAAUAAUCUUUGCACUUGGAACAGGUGUAGGAUAGCUGGGUAACUUGCAGAUCUAGUGCAUGGCCUAAGCAGCAUUUAAAUGGGGUCAUGUCUUCCCUGGAACUCAGCUUUCGACACUUUCAUGCAAGCUAAUAGUCAUAUAUUGUUUGGAAUAAGAUCUACAACUCAAUAAAAUGUUAAACGUUCUACAUUCCUGGAGUUCUGACAGGCUUUCAAACAUCCAAUUGAACUUCAGGUGGAAACGUUUUAUUUCUGAAAUGCAAAUACCAGAACAAAAAAGACUAGGUAAGGGGGAAUACUGGAGACCCCAAAGUUUUUUUAAACAGUAACAAACUUGUUUCCUACUAAAAACCGUGAAUUCACAACAGGGUCGAUUUCCUCUUUUUAGGUUGCCUUGGACUUUCCAGAUCCUCUGGGCAACCUCUUUCUUUUAGUGUUGUACACAGGGGACCCGGGGUAGAUAGAAAAUGUAAAUGGGUCACCGCUCCUCAGUUUGCUGCAGCAGAGAAGAGAGAGAAGCAAUAUAAUUUGUUGUACACAGACUGUUUUUGAUUUUUAUAUUCCGGGAAACAGCACCCCCAGCAAGACAGUCAAGGUUUCAGGCCAUAGACAGCAAAGGAUUCCCAUGAUCUGUCUUUUGACUCCCUCUCUUAUAAAAGGGCACUCGGCAUCAAACAGAAUACUAACGUGUUAAUCUUGGGCAGCGCAUAGCAAACUUCUUUUGUCUGUCUUCUUGGCCGUGUUGGAGGUGAUUCCAGAGGUACAGAAUUGGUUGAAUCUUGCAGGACCUUGUGCUCUGUGAAAAGUCAGGAAUUGAUCACUGCUUAAGCUACACUGAGAAUCCCUGUUAAACCUAUUAAAAAUAAAUAAACUCAGAGUAAAGGU